UCGUGUGUGAUCGGAUCGGUGCUGUAAGUACCGGAUUCUGGGCUUUGGCUGGCAUUCUUCUCGUCACCUUCGUCACUACAGGACUCUUCCUCCUCUACAAGUUUAACAGAAAGCUGCCAGGACGUAACGUCUACGCCCAGAUGCACAACGAAAAGGAGCAGGAAAUGACCAGCCCUGUCAAUCACAGCGACGACACGCAGUACAUCAUCCAGGGGGAGGAGUUCAUCGACGACGACCUCGACUCGCAGACGCUGGGUAACGGCCGAGGCAAUCACUCGGGAGUUGUGCUGAGCAUCACAUCAAGGGAACUGCACAGAUACCUGAGCAGCUGAUGCUCCUUAGCUCCACCCUCCAGAACAGAGUCUGCCUUUAACACAGCACACCUGAAUGGACAAAGUCUUUUAGGCCACACCCACCUGUGACCCCAUCUGCACAGCAAAACCUCUCACCAUCUCUCUCUCUCUCUCUCGCUCUCUCUCUCUCUCUCUCUCUCUCUCUCUCUCUCUGUCUCUUUAUCCAUCUCGUUCUGUGUUAAGCCCCAGCACUGCCAAGCUGCCCUGUUGGGCCCUUGAGCAAGGCCCUUAACCCUCUCUGCUGCAGGGGUGCUGUAUCAUGGCUGACCCUGCACUCUGACCCCAACUUCCUGACAUGCUGGGGUAUGUGAAGAAAAGAAUUUCACUGUGCAUAUGUAUGUGACCAAUAAUGGCUCUUUAUCAUUAAAGUGUAUAUAAAGUGUAUAUAGUGACAAUAAAUUAGAUACUACAUUUUAAUAAUACAGUAGCAGCAAAAAUGCAACACUGUCAAUGCAGGAAUGUGCAAAUACUGCAGUGGGAGUGGGAUGGUGUUCAGUUCAGUGUGUGUGCGCAUGUCAGUCCAGUCUCUGAGUAUUGAGGAGUCUGAUGGGUUGGGGGAAGAAGCUGUUACACAGUCUGCUCGUGAAUGCCUGAAUGCAGCUGCUCAGGAUUUUCUCAGUGGUUCCUCUUUAGAAUUUGGUGAGGAUGGGAAGUGGGAGAUGAGCUUUCUUCAGCCUUCGCAGAAAGUAGAGACUCUGCUGGGUUAUGGAGCUGUUGUUGAGGGACCAGGUGAGGUUCUCCAUCAGGUGAACACAAAGUUAUUUGGUACUCUUGACGUUCUUCAAGGAGGAGCGGUCGAUGUUCAGAGGAAAGUAGUUGAUCCAUGUUCUCCUGAAGUCAACAACUAUCUCUUUUGUUGUGUCCAAAUUCAGAGACAGGAUGUUGGCUCUGCACCUCCUCUCUGUAUGUUGACUUGUUCUUAGUGAUGAGACCCACCACAGUCUAAUGUAUUACAUUAGAAAAUAUUAAAAUAAUUCAUAUAUGUAUAUACUAUAUACAACAGUAUUCCCUAAUGGUAGUGGCUUCUUCAGCAGGAUAAUGCUCCCUGACACACUGCAAAAAUUGUUCAGUUACAGUUUGAAGAACAUGAGAGUUCAAGAGGUUGGAUCAGCCUCCAAAUUCCCCAGAUCUCAAUCCGAUCGAGCUUCUGUGGGAUGUUCUGGACAAACCAGUCCAAUCCAUGGAGGCCCAAUCUCACAACUUACAGGACUUAAAGGAUCUGCUUCUAAUGUCUUGGUGCCAGAAACCACAGCACACCUUCAGAAGUCUUGUGGAGUCCACAGGUCAGAGCUGUUUUGCAAGCACAAGGCGGAACUGCACAAUAUUAGUCAGGUGGUUUUAAUGUUGUGACUGAUCAGUGUAUACGUGUCUGCCAACUAGUGGCAAAACUCUGUAAAUGCUGGGAGUGUCUUCAUGAUGUCAUUUAUAUGAAGUGAAAGCAAAGUACAAGGUCGUUUCUUAAACACAAUCCAGUUCCUUUUAUCAGAACUGAAAUCUUGUGUUUUGAGUUUUUUCCCCGGGAACAGAGAAGACAGUUGUAAGUCAUGGCUUCCUCCAGCAGUGUCCUGUGUGAAGAUCAGCUCCAGUGCUCCAUCUGUCUGGAUGUGUUCACUGAUCCAGUCUCUACUCCAUGUGGACACAACUUCUGUAUGAUCUGUCUCAAAGAGUUCUGGGACAGCAGUUCACACUGCCAGUGUCCAGUGUGUAAGGAGGAAUUCCCUAAAAGACCUGAACUACGUGUAAAUACGUUCAUCUCUGGACUUGCUGCUCUGUUUAGGAAGCAAGUUCCCCUCAAACCUAAAAAGGUUCUGUGUGACUCCUGCACUGAGGAGAAGCUGGAAGCUCUAAAGUCCUGUCUGCACUGUGGCGUUUCCUACUGUAAUAUUCAUCUGAUGCUCCAUAAAACCACACCUAAACUCAUGAAGCACAAACUGAUGGAGCCUGUGGAGAACCUGGAGGACUACAUCUGCCAGAAACAUGAGAGACCCCUGGAGCUGUUCUGUAGAGACGACCAGACGUGUGUGUGUCAGUUCUGUACUGAGGGAGACCAUAAAACUCACAACACUGUUCCUAUAGAGGUGGAAGUUAGAUCAAAGAAGACUGAGUCAUGGUUCAUGCAAGCAGAAGUACAGCAGAUGAUCCAGGACCGUCUGUGGAAAAUUGAGGAAAUCAAAAAAUCUAUAGAACUCAAUAAAAAAAUCACAGAGAAAGCAGACAGUGUGGAGAUCUUCAGUGCUCUGAUGCGCUGCAUUGAGAGAAGCCAGGCUGAGCUGCUUCAGGUGAUGGAGGAGAAGCAGAAAGCAGCAGAGAAGCAGGCUGAAGAGUUAAUUAAAGAGCUGGAGCAGGAAAUCACUGCGCUAAAGAGGAGAAACACUGAGCUGAAGCAGCUCUCACACACUGAGGAUCACCUCCACCUCCUACAGAUUUACCCGUCACUCCGAAUACCUCCACACACCAAGAACUGGACUGAUUUCAGCAUUAACCGUCAUCUGACUGUGGUGUCUCUGAUUAGAAUGAUGAUUCAGGAGAUGCUCAGUACGGAAGUAGGCAAGAUUGAUGAGAUCAGGCUAAAAGGACUUCAGCAAUAUGAAGUGGAUGUGACUCUGGAUCCUGAUACAGCAAAUCCAUUUCUUAUCCUGUCUGAUGAUAGGAAACGAGUUACAUGUGGAGACGAUCAACAGAAUCUCCCUGAUAACCCAGAGAGGUUUGAUCUUUGUGUCUGUGUGCUGGGAAAGGAGGGAUUCUCCUCAGGGAGAUUUUACUAUGAGGUGCAGGUCAGAGGAAAGACUGAGUGGUAUUUAGGAGUGGUUAGAGAGAAUGCUAAGAGAAAGGGGGAGAUAACAUCCUGUCCUGAAGAUGGAUACUGGUGUGUGUGUCUGAAGAAUGAAACGGAAUUCUCAGCCUGUGACUCUCCUGUUAUUCACAUCACCAUGAAACCGGCUCCUCAGAAGGUGGGGGUGUUUGUGGAUUAUGAGGAGGGCCUGGUCUCCUUCUAUGAUAUUGAAGCCAUGUUUCAUAUCUACUCAUUUACUGGUCAGACUUUUAUUGAGAAAAUCUAUCCAUUCUUCAGCCCCUGCAGUAAUCAUGAUAGUAAAAACUCACCACCAUUGAUCAUCUGUCCUGUUAAUUAGUCUAAUAUUUGUUGAAUUGAAAUCUGUAAACAUCAUCUAGUAAAUCCAUGCCUUAAACUUUAAUUAUCUUACCUGUUUAUUAACUUUAAAAUUAUUGUGAACAUCUUUCAUAUUAAUAAAAAAUAAAAUGAAUGUUAUUUAAUGGAUUUCCAAAUCGUUUAACAAUCCUCGGUGGUGUAAAAGCAGAUCUGAAUGCAGAAUGUAUUGCUAAAUGUAUUUCUAACUGUAUUAGCUGAAUGGGAUUGUUAACCAACUGAUAUGAUCCUUUUUUUUUCUGUUCUUAUAUGGUCUCUGUAAGAUCAAACCUGUCCAUGUUCCUGUUCAAAAUAAACAAAUCGGAUCACA